GUGAGAGUAACACAAUCUUGUGCUUCGAUGACAAGAAGAAAACAUGGCGGAAUCUUAGCGUCAAUAUGAACUCAACCACGGCCCAGGACAAAUUCCACUAUGUCUAUAGCAGCGAUGUGGACGACAACCUCGAAAUAAAAAUCUGCACUCUUGAGGGAAAGCGUGACCGCCAAGGGCACAAAGAGCUGCUAGACGACCCCUUAUUGAGAUAUUCUGGCUUAUAUCAAAGUGAAUGCUCAGACCUGUAUGUGACAUGUACAAUCUAUGCCGAUGAUCGGCCAUUGUCCUUGCCAACCGGGACCUCCUACAGACCUUUCAGCACACGAUGGAACUGGAAUGAGUGGCUUAAACUCCCUAUUAAGUACCCAGACCUCCCCCGUAAUGCGCAGCUUGCCUUCACCAUCUGGGAUGUGUAUGGGCCAAGGAAGUCGACACCAGUGGGCGGGACUACUGUCUCCUUAUUUGGCAAAUAUGGCACUCUGCGACACGGUAUGCAUGACCUCAAGGUUUGGCCUGGAGUGGAGGCUGAUGGAAAGAUGCCAACGUCUACCCCUGGCAAGACCACAGCCACUGAAGACCAAAUGAACAGACUGGCUAAGCUAAGCAAGAAACACCACAAGGGCCAAAUGCUGAAGGUUGACUGGUUGGACAGGCUCACAUUCCGGGAGAUAGAAAUGAUCAACGAGAAAGAAAAAAGAAAUUCCAACUUCAUGUACCUCAUGGUGAAGUUUCCCAGAGUUCAUUACGACGGUCAAGAUUACAAUAUUGUGUACUUUGAGAAGGAUGCGGAUGAAGUUGACUACGUUUGUACCAAUCCCGAAAUCGUCAAGUUACCUGAACCAGAAAUUUUAUUGGAUAAUUUAGUUGAAAUCAAACACCACAAGCUAGUCAGAAGUAUACGCAGUGGCACUGUAUCACGUGACCUCAAGCCAAAUGCCAACACUAGGGAUCAUUUGAAUCAAAUUGUAAGUUACCCGCCUACCAAAGUCCUGACAUCGGAAGAAAAAGACCUAGUCUGGCAGUUUAGGUUCUACUUGACCAAUCAGAAAAAGGCUUUGACGAAAUUCAUGAAAUGCGUUGACUGGAACGAGCCACAAGAAGCCAAACAGGCGAUAGAGUUGCUGUCCAGAUGGACACCCAUGGAUGUAGAAGACGCACUGGAGCUUCUUUCAUCCGGUUUUAGCAACAAGUCUGUGCGCCAGUACGCCGUCUCUAGACUCAAGGAAGCAAAUGACGAGGACCUACUCCUUUACCUACUACAGCUAGUACAGGCCUUGAGAUAUGAACCAGUACAAGAGGAGGAAAAAAGCACCGAAGAUUUACAAGAACCACCCCAGGAGGAGCCCACGUACAGCCGCGACCCUCUCUCGCAAGAUGAAGCAGGCGAUAAUGAGCCAUCCCCAGUAAUAAAGACCAUCACAGAACAAGAGCUUGACGAGGAAGCAGAUUUAGCCUCAUUCCUGAUCACUAGAGCAUGUAAAAGUGACACCGUAGCUAAUUAUUUUUACUGGUAUCUGCUUGUAGAAUGUAAAGAAGACAAGGAUUCUAAGGUUGCGAAUAUGUACAGGAAUAUUAUGAGAAAGUUCAGCAAAGCGCUAAUGAAGGGGAGCUGGGAGUGCAAAGUUCGACGGAACAUGCUGGGUAAACAGCAACAGUUCAUCGAUCACAUCGUCCGGUUGAUGAAGGAGGUUUCGCAAUUCAGUGGAAACAGAAGUCGAAAGAUUCAUCGUCUCCGUGAACUCCUGGAUACCCCUGAACUGACGAGAUUUGGCCCCCUCCCCCUCCCCCUUGAUCCAGACGUUAGAAUCAUGGAAGUGGUUGUCGGGACACAGGAGGAGAAGAAAGCCUGGUUAUUUAAAAGCCAUCUGAUGCCUGCCAAGUUGACGUUUAGGGACAUCAAUGAACAAGAAUAUGUUGUGAUUUUCAAGAAUGGUGACGACUUGAGACAAGAUCAGCUAAUCCUUCAGAUGAUUCGUUUAAUGGACAAACUGUUAAUGAAGGAGAACCUGGACUUGAAGUUAACUCCCUACAAGGUCCUUGCGACGAGCGCCUCUCAUGGUCUUGUUCAGUUCAUUGAAUCAAAUGCCGUGGCUGAAGUUUUAGACAAAGAUGGAAGCAUUCAGAACUACUUUCGUAAGCAUGCUCCAUGCGAGACCGGACCGAAUGGCAUAAGCCCCGAGGUCAUGGACACGUACGUCAAGAGCUGUGCUGGAUACUGCGUUAUUACGUAUCUCCUGGGGGUGGGGGACCGUCAUCUUGACAAUCUACUGCUCACCAAGUCAGGUAACCUGUUUCAUAUCGACUUUGGGUACAUCCUCGGACGCGACCCCAAGCCCCUCCCGCCACCAAUGAAACUCAGCAAAGAAAUGGUGGAAGGAAUGGGUGGAGCCAAUGGCGAGUGCUACCAAGCGUUCAGGAAGCAAUGUUACACCGCAUUCCUUCACCUGCGACGACAUGCGAAUCUUAUCCUUAACCUUUUCGGACUGAUGGUUGAUGCAAGUGUCCCGGACAUCGCCUUGGAACCGGACAAAACUGUUAAAAAGGUUCAAGACAAGUUCCGUUUAGACCUCAGUGAUGAAGAAGCUGUGCAGUAUUUACAGUCACUCAUAGACGAGAGCGUCAGCGCCAUGUUUGCUGUGGUGGUCGAGCAGAUCCAUAAAUUCGCUCAAUACUGGAGAAAGUAAAAAAAAACUAAUCUCCGUGAGCAGUCAACAUACUUCAUCCCUAGACGUGAUAGAGAAUCUUACAGGGGGAGGAUGAACCACUAAACUUGACAAGGAGGUCAGCUUAAAUGAAAGAAAAAAUGACUACCAAAGCUAGACAAGAUAUCUAAAAACGAUGAUACCUCUACAUGCCUCAACAUUGAAAAAAAAAUACACCAUUAAUGGAUUAUCAUAAUGAUGACAAAUCAUCUGCCCUGGAAAAUAAAGAGCAUACAACAGUAUUUAAAGGUACAUGGGCAUUCAAUGAAUGGAUGGAUUUAAAAGGCAUUCCAUUUCAAAUUUUUGACACAUCAAAUCACAUUCACAACUAUACGUUAUACUCAAUAUGACAAUGGGGUUUCAAACUAUAUUUUAAAAUAUUAUAUACAUUUAUGAAAAUAAAGGAUUUUAUUUUGUACAA